AUGAAGCGGCAGUUGGGGCGUCCGCUGUUGCAGUGGCCAUGGUCACCACGGACUGGUUUGCUCAACCACCGCGACACCAACAUCAACGCCAACCACUAUCCACGGACGCUGAAGACACUGUCAAACACCAAGAACGAAGGCCCCCUAAAGGGAAUCAAGAUUCUCGAUCUGUCGCGAGUGCUAGCUGCACCGCUGUGCACCCAGAUUCUGGCCGACUACGGGGCCGAAGUGAUCAAGGUGGAAGAUGUGGGCAAGGGAGACGACACGCGAUAUUGGAAAGUGUCGGGCGAGCAGAGCGCGUGGAAGGACGAGGCAGGACCGAUCUCGAACUACUUCGCCGCCGUCAACCGCAACAAGCGCUCCAUCUGCCUGAACUUGAAAAGCGAGAAGGGCCGCGCCAUAUUCCUGUCGCUUGCCGAAAAGGCUGAUGUGGUGGUGGACAAUUUCCGGCCUGGCGCCUUGGAGCGAUUAGGGCUCGGAUAUGAUGUCUUGUCGAAAGUCAACCCUCGCAUCAUCCAUGCCAGUGUUUCAGGCUACGGUGAGGUCGGUCCGUACGCGAAACGGGCCGGCUACGACAUGAUCGCGGGCGCAGAGGCCGGGCUACUACACCUGACGGGCGAGCGUGGCGGGCCGCCGGUGCGGCCGGGCCUGGGACUGACCGACAUGUGUACGGGGCUGUUCUCGCACGGGGCGAUCAUGGCGGCGCUGUAUGCGCGCGAGCAGACGGGCCGGGGCCAGCGCAUCAACGCGUCGCUGUACGAGACCCAGGUGGCGCUGCUCACCAACGUCGCGCUGGCCUGGUUGAACCUGGGCAAGGAGACGGAGCGCUGGGGCACGCAGCAUCCCAGCGUGGUGCCGUACGAUGCCUUCAAGACCAAGGAUCUGUACUUUGUGUGCGGCGCCACCAACGACCGCCAAUUCGCCAUCCUGUGCAAGCAGCUGGGCCUGGACGAGCUGCCGAGUGACGCCCGCUUCUUGACCAACGCCGACCGCGUCCAGAACCGCGACGCCCUGUACCCCUACCUCAACGAGGUGUUUCAGACCAAGUCGACGGACGAGUGGAUCGACCUGUUUGAGGGGAGCGGCCUCCCUUACGCGCCCAUCAACACCAUGGAGCGCGUCUUCGACCACCCGCAGACCGAGGCCACCGACAUGGUGUAUAAUGUCGAGUUUGACGCGGCCAAGUCUGGCCAGCUGAAGCUGCUAGGUCCCGCCGUCAAGUUCAGCGACACCCCAGCUUCCAUCCGGUCCGUCCCGCCUCGUCUGGGAGAACAUACCGACCAAGUCCUCCGGGAACUUGGGAUCCCUGACAGCGAAAUCAAGGCUCUUCACGAGAGCAAGGUGGUCUAG